CCAUACCCGGAUGUGACACGUAUAGGACCCAGACCCAGCGGUGCAGUUUUUACAUGGCGACAACUAAGGACAGAACGUAAGUACGAGGCAGAGCAGCAAGGGAACUUACCACGCCGCAGGUAUCCACGUCGAACCACAGUUUGAGACACACCUUGCAGACCGGAAGUCAAAGAUGUCAGGAGUCACCCAAUCAGAGACUUCGUUAUAAAAAAGACGAAACUUUCUUGAGCCGUGACAACAAUGCGGAUUUUUCAACCGACUGCAAGAUGUCUGUUUCUGUCCAUACUGAGCUUUGGUGUUGUAACUUACGUCUAUAUCAGCUACAGUGGACUCGGAAAAUCUCUGAAACUGUUGCGUGGAUACAAGGAUUCAGCCCGCGUAUCUGAGCAACUAAACGUGACUGUUAAAGACGAUAAACAUCUUUUGAACACAUCUGCUAAGGGAGCAGUCGCUGGUGCGUCGGAGUUGGGAAAAGUGAACUGGGAAAGCUGGUUAGAGAAGGAACAGUCUCGCAGACUCGCCACGCUGAAGGCAUACUGUCGGGAAAACUCGCAAUCAACGACUCGUGUAUCCCACGACCUUCUGAAGUACCAGCUAAUCUUUUUUGAAAACAUAAAAACGGCAUACUGCUUCAUCCCGAAAACCGGAUGCUCCACGAUGAAAUUGUUACUUUACAAUUUAGAGCAUAACACAACCGAAAGACCGGUUCACAGCAUCAACCGUACGUCUAACGUGCAGAAACACGUCGGUAUCAAUGCGCGGAGGUUUAGAAUGCUGAGGGACUACAGCAAGGAACAGGCGAGUUUGCGUCUGGCGACUUUUAAGAAGAUCAUCGUCGUCCGCGAUCCACUGGAGAGACUGGCCUCUGCAUGGCUCGACAAGUUCGUGAAGAACAGUGAAGUAAGUCGCCGCUGGACAAAGACUUUCCAUCAACACGUGAAAGCUUACCUAAAGGAGAGGUACCGAAAUAUCAAGUCUAUAAACAUGACCUUUGAAGGAAAGGCAGGCGGGGCGGACACCGAUACACAGCCGGUGUCGUUUGCAGACUUCCUCGGUGCCAUUUCGCAGCGCAUAUGGAGCAAUGUGCACUGGAUAUCGUUUUCUAAGCUGUGCCUACCAUGCGAGGUUGACUAUGACUACAUCGCCCACACGGACACGCUCGCCGCAGACGUGCGGCUGUUCUUACAACAGUACAACAUCACAGCGAGAGAAGACAUUCUACCGGAGCAACGGCUGAGACGAGCCAACGAUGGAAACGUUUUCGGGAACAUCUUCGGACAAGUUCCAAAGGAAGAAAUACUGUCGAUCCGGAGACUCUACCAGGAGGACUUUGAUAUGUUUGGAUAUUCUUUUGAAGAAGAUUUGGCAAAGAUAGAGACGGGACGUGGAUAGCCUAGGAAGUGCUUUUUUGUUGUUGCAAUAAUGUGAUAAUACUAUUUCUUUUUCUCUUUUUGAAGUGCCUAGUGGCACUUAUGUCUGCAACUUUCCUUAUUAAUUCAGUUGUAGGGUAUAUCUUUAAAGGAAAGGGUAGCUAGCACCUUAAACCUGCACGAGGCACCUUCUUAAAGAAGGGAUCCCCAUUUUACGUCUUUUCCGAAGGACGAUGCAUCCCUAACCGAUAUGGCUAGUUACUAACUGAUCACAAACAGGAGCUCAACUGUGAGCCAGCUACCAGUUGAGCUACAGGGACAUCCUUUUCGUUAGUUAUUACUUCGAUUUAUCAUAUAUCUAAGUUUACUCAUGUAAAGACGGACCAUAACGCUGUUCAUAACACGACAAAGAAUCAAUUAGGCCAGUUUUUCGCAAACAAUCAGGAGACCUGCUGGACACAAAUUCACUUGUGGUUGGUACAGAUCAUCCUCAUACACAAACAUAUCUGUGUACCGUACGUGUCCUUGAUCCAGAAUCAAUUAGAGGUUUUUGUUUUUUUGUUUACUUUGUAUUCAUUUUUAUUUAUUUUUUGUUCGUGCUUGUUUGUUUGAUUCUUUCUGAACAUCAUCAUAUGAUUCAGAGCAAAUACAUUACCUAACCACACAAAGAAAUACGUAUCGUGUUAUAGAAAUUGGCUGUGUUAUUAAUCAAAGAGUGUGUAUUCGACGGAAAAUUUAACCAAUUCAAUUAUCGGCACUGUGAACUAAGACUCACACUUUCUCGUUCAUUUAAAACGUCACGUCAUAUUUGCACAUUUUUACCUUACUAAUGCACUUACACAUGUUGAGUCAGUUCUCUCGGUUCACC